AUGCAAUCUUCCUUGUCAGAAACUUCGUCCGACAUAAAUAUAGAGCCAGAUGCAGAGGGGAUGAAUGAAGUAUCAGAUGAUGAUAACAGAGUCGAGCCUCCAAAAUUUGGUAUGCAAAUUUCUAGUGAUAAGGAGGUUUUAGACUAUUACAAACGAUACGCCAAACAAGAGGGUUUUGGUGUUAUCAUAAAAAGGACGAAGAGAGAUCUGGAUGGGGAUUCGAAGUAUGUGACCAUUGGUUGUGCACGUGGCGGCAGGUACUAUCCUAGUCACAGUAAUUUAUCAAAGCCACGACCAACGACAAAAACUGAUUGUAAGGCAAAGAUAAAUGCCCGCUUUGUGAAUGGGGUAUGGGUGUUGACCAGUGUUGAUCUUGUUCAUAAUCACAAUACAGUUAGCCCACAGAAAUCUAGAUUUUUUAGAUCUCACAAAUGUUUGGAUGAAUAUAGUCAGAGAAUGCUUGAUUUGAAUGAUAGAGCGGGUAUUCGGAUGAAUAAAAAUUUUCAAGCACUUGUGACUGAUGCGGGGGGCUUUGAGAAUUUAGCUUUCCAAGAAAAAGAUUGCAGAAAUUUUAUUGACAAAGCUAGAUAUUUAAGAAUGGGUAAAGGAGGCGGUGAAGCACUAAACGACUACUCAAGAGAAUGA